CACAACCCAUUUCACAUCUCUCUUCAAUAUCCCAAUUAUUUCUCUCUUAGUGUUAAAAGCAAAAUUAACUGUAAAUGGGUGGUGGUGGAGCUACAAAGUCUACUUCAAAUGGUAAUGGACCAACUAGAGUUAGAAAGAGAGUUGAAGUUGAAUCUGCUGCUAAUGCUACUCUUAAACGUGCUAAAGAUGGCUCCGCUUUCGCUCGUUGUGAAGAAUGCAGCAAAGAUGUACCCAUUGCAUUGAUAAGUUUCCACAAUUGCAGCCUUGAUGCCAAAAUCAAGAUGAAUUUGGAGGCUCAAGUUGUGGAAAAUCCAACUGAAACAAAGAAACCAUCAGCAAAGAGCAAGGAGAAAACAACAGAGCCAAAAGCUAAAAGGGAAAAGAAACUGAAGAACCCAAAUGCUCCUAAACGUCCUCCUACUGCGUUCUUCGUGUUCAUGGAUGACUUUAGACAGACAUUUAAGGCUGCAAAUCCUGAUUGCAAGAGUGUCUCCACGGUUGCUAAGGAGGGUGGUGAGAAAUGGAAGUCCAUGACUGAUGAGGAGAAAAAGCCAUACCAGGAUAAGGCUGCAGAGCUCAAAGCAGCAUAUGAAAAGGCAUUGAAGUCUAACACUGAUACUGAUGAAAACGCCAAUGAUGAAGAUGAUGAGCCAGAGAAGGAAGUGAAGGAAGAGAUAGAAGUAGUUGAGGGAGUGAAGGAAGAGAUAGAAGAUGAUGAUGCAUAGAGCUUUGGGUGUUUGAAUUGUGUAGCUAGCUAUCGUCCAGAUUUUGAAAUGACUAGUUUCAAGCUUGUGUAAAUUUUGAUCAUUGCAAAUUAGUUUAACUAGAAGUGAUAUAUGGAAAUUUAUGGUUUAGGUCUUGCUCA